GUGUCAGGAUGAAUGUCCGGUCGCCACCUACGGGCCCCAGUGCGCCCACAAGUGUGACUGUCAGAACGGGGCCAAGUGUUACCACAUCAACGGAGCCUGUCUGUGCAACGAGGGCUUCAAGGGCCCCAGCUGCCAGGACCGCUUCUGUCCCAGCGGCCUGUACGGACUCGUCUGCGAUAAGUACUGCCCGUGCAAAGCUGCCAACACGCUCAGCUGUCACCCUCUGUCGGGGGAGUGCACCUGUGCAGCAGGAUGGACGGGGCUUUACUGCAACGAGACCUGUCCGGCCGGUUUCUACGGCUGCGGCUGCAGGGAGAUGUGCGCCUGCACCAACGGAGCCGACUGUGACGGCAGCAGCGGAGCCUGCGUGUGCGCUCCAGGAUUUAUACAGCAGGUGCAGAACACGCAGUCGUUCAUUUAUCAGCUGCUGUUGACGCUGCAGGUUCGGUCCGUUACACGUCUCUGAGUGGGGGAGGCUGCAGCUGCAGAACCCCUGAAAUAGGUCAACGUGUGUGUGUGUGUGUGUG